AUGUCGCUCGGCAUUUUAAGAGCUCCAGUUACCAGUGCCUAUAAGGCAGCAGCACUCAGACCCGCUCUCGCGGUUUAUGCUGCUCGCUCCGUGCACACGUCGAAGUCCGCACAAGCGCCCGAAACUACACCCACUUCGGUCUCCUCUGCUUCUGAGCCGAUCACCACAUUAGCCAUGCACGGCUCAAAUCAACUUAGCCUUGAGCAACCCCAGAACAAGGCUGAAUACGUCCUAUCAACAUUAGACAAAAUUGUCAACUGGGGACGCCAGGGUUCGAUAUGGCCCAUGACUUUCGGUCUUGCAUGUUGUGCCGUCGAAAUGAUGCACAUGGCUGCUGCUCGCUAUGACCAAGAUCGUCUUGGUGUCGUUUUCCGUGCCUCUCCGCGUCAAUCUGACGUUAUGAUUGUCGCGGGUACGCUCACAAACAAAAUGGCUCCCGCACUUCGUAAAGUCUAUGACCAAAUGCCCGAGCCAAGAUGGGUUGUGUCCAUGGGAUCUUGCGCAAAUGGCGGUGGCUACUACCACUACUCAUACGCUGUUGUUCGUGGCUGUGAUAGGAUUGUACCCGUGGAUAUCUAUGUCCCUGGGUGCCCACCAACUGCUGAAGCAUUACUUUAUGGUAUGUUGCAACUUCAGCGUAAAAUGAGAAGAAACAGGAAGAGUGUGCUUUGGUGA